AUGUGUACUUAUAAUAAGCCUUCAGAGGAGGAGGCCAAUAACAAAGAGAAAGGAAUAGAGGGUGCUACAAAAUCUGAAACCGAGGAGGAUAUUAAAGUCAAAGAUGAAAAUUCUCAAGUUUCAUCAAAGAGUGCAGUUGUUUCUCUUUCUCAUGUUUCUUCACGUCGAUUGGAGGAUACUGAAUUAGCACCAUUGUGUUUUUGUCCAAAAGGAACUUGGUAUGCAAUUUUGGGUAUCUUCAUUCUUGGUUGCAUUGUGACACUAAUCCUGUUUUUUGUUGAUAUCGUUCAUUAUCGUCUGUUUAUUACGGGAUGA